CUCUUCAGAAAUUAACACACCGUAAAAUGCUCUCGAGGCGCUCACACAAGUGUACACAGGAAAUUUGCAGCCAAAAGAAGAUCAGCCAGAAGACUAUAUGUUGAAAUAAGCUUACAGUUCCAUAGCAACUUUCAACACUACAACAUGAUGGCUCUACACUUUGGUGUUUUCUUGCUUGGAAUUUGUCUUUUAAUACAACUCACUUGCAUUGGCGUGGCAGCGGAGAAGGCUGUUACUAGGGGAAAAAACUCAAAAACAAACACACACGAAGAUGCAACAACACCCAGUCCAGAGUGGUUGGCAUAUCAACGGGAACGUUUUAGUAAUGCAAAAGAUGUGGAGACUUUGAAAAAAAUGCUCGAUCCAGCUUCCCAACUGCUAAAAAACAAAGAACAAAUAAUCAUGCCAACAAAGACAAUGGAUGAAGACUCGAGGCAGCAAGAAGCAGUAAGCUCUCAAGACCAGAAAACGACUGAAAAUACAAAGCUUGAAAUCGAAGGCAAAGAGGCGAAACCAGAGGGCAACAUUUCUGACGGGGAAAAAGGAAACGAAGAUGAGGUUGUGCGGUCGAAAGAGGAUAAAACAACCGUGCUUAUGCACGUUAUAAAAGGACUACAAAGUCCUUCGUUGCAGGGAUUUCUCAGCUUCCUAAGCACCGUGAAACGUAGCUGGGUGCGGCAAUCGAGGCUUACAAUCGAACAAAAGCUUAGUAAACUGAAGAAAUUGAAGCAUAGAAUGAUGCUUGUGAUAGAGGAUGGUUUUAACACGAUUUGGACACCAAAGGUGCACAUGCGUCGUAAACGUGGUAUACUAGAGGAAUCAAAUCUGAAUUUCCCUCCAGAGACUGCUUUAAUUACCAUUAAUUUUUUGACUUUCGCUGUUUUUCUCAUUAAGCUCGUUAUGCAAGUGGUGCACAUCGUCAAAAGUAAACACUAUACGUUAAGCGGUUUUGACUUCACGAAGGCUGGUACCGUGGCUUUGUAAAGAUCCCUAAGCAAAGGUAAAAUUGGUUCUAAAAAUGAAGACAUGCAAA